CGAUGGCCACUAUGAGGAAAAACAUACUCGAGCAGUUUCGGUUACACAGAACUCUUUUCUGCUUCUCAGGAAACGGAAUUUGGCGUUUAAGUUGGCGCUAUAUGGUAUUUGUGAAGCCCUUAAACCGACGAAUAUUUUGGUUGAAAUGUGUAGACAUCUUUGAAAGAAGAGAAAACUUUGAAGACCAUACGGACAACAGGUGCGACAGCAGAUGAUUUACACCUGAGCUAGCCAUGGAUUUGGACCUGGUGGGUGAAUUACUUAGGUUAUACAAGCCUCUUUAAUUUGGAUCUCAUCUAAACAAAAAAAACUUCCCGGCAAUCUGCUAUUAUGUAUAAGAGGGCCAGCAGUGGACCCGUCGGGUCAGAAGAACAUUUCAGUGUCCCUGUGGGGAAAGCAAACGCCUUUCCCUCAGAGGAACCAAAAGACUCAGUCUGUAUAGUCUCAGAGAACCAUGGAAGUAAUCCCGAUUCCAUUAAAAACAGGAUAACUAGCCAGUUUCGCUCAAAUCUUGAAGAGCGCCUUGGUGUUCGACCGGUGCCAGCGAUUAGCGCCUCCACACGCAGAUCCAGGUUCCAGAAACAGUUGGAGGUCUGCGAACCGGGCAGCAGCGCCUCCCGUAGACAAUCAGUUGAUGCUUCCAAGAAGGGCUCUCUAACUACUGCUAUGCGUAAGAUGUACUUGAAAGAGUUGUUUCUGAAUAACAGAUCUGGACUGUCAAGUAUUAUAUCACCCAGACACUCGAUUGCAUCGUCCAUAGACUGUGAGGAUACACCUUAUGGCGUAAAUGACACUAAUAUCAACCGCUGUGCACUCUGGGCUUUAGAUCCCAUGGAACACGCAUGGAUGCUCUCUGCUGUGGAUGGGAAUUAUGACACUAUGGUGGAUUUUCUUGCAGAGGAUCCCAGCCUUCUGAGCAGAAAAGACUUUAUCAGUGGUUACACAGUUCUCCACUGGUUGGCCAAAAAUGGAAAGGACGAGACGCUGAUUCAACUUCUCAAGCAUGCUGAAAAAGAAGGGUUGCCGGUGAAUGUGAACAUGAGAGGCAGUGGAGGUCUAACACCUCUUCAUGUGGCUGCCAUGCAUCACCAGUACAUGGUGGCAAAGCUUUUGGUUGGUGCAUUUAGUGCAAAAAUAGAUGUCAUGGACUACAGUGGGAAGAGAGCAUGGCAAUAUCUUAAGCAAAAUGCACCAAUGGAAAUGAAAGAGCUUCUCGGAGGCUGGGAUGACUAACACUGGUACUUCAAUGUGAACAACAACAGUGGGAGUCAAGCACGCCAAAAGAAAACACUCAAGAAAAUGGAGUGGAAAAUCCAGAGGGAAGAAUUGUACGCUGGCGAUUUGGACAAUUUAAAAUGCUGUUGUACAAUGUUGGUCUACUAGAAGUCUUGAAUUUCCUUUUUAAAACCAGUAUAUUCUUAUAUUAAGGUCCUUAAAGUAACCCUUUAACAAUUUGUUCAUUAAGGAAAAAAAAAAAAGACUUAAACUUAUGUAGCCAGCAGUUACAUCUUUUCAGAAGUCCUUACAGGUGAGAUUUUGUAAUUUAUGUUUAAGAAAAGCUAAUUCACAUGGCAGUGUCAACUGCUUUCUAAUCCCAGGAUUGCCUCAAUGUGUGCUGUGCAUUUUAUAAAUUAAAUAUCUUUGAAGAAACCAUGGAAAUUCAAGAGUUUGUUGAACAUCAAUAAUACAUUGCCCUCAGUAUGAAGGAGCCAAAAAGCUCAGAACAUUGACAAGAGUGCCUAUAGCAUAGAGAACAACAGGGUGUAUUAAGGCAUGUUUACACCGCCAACGUAACAAGAGCGACAAAGAGACAUGCUCCCGUUAAUUUUCAAUGACGAGAGAGACCGUUGGUGACAAGAGACAACAACUUUGAGAAAAAUUUCAUUUUAGGCAAAUGACAAGCGACAUUCUGGAGCAACUACAAUAGAGUGAAGACAUUGGAGCUCACUUCACCUGUCUGCUGAGUGAGAGACACUGGAGUGCAGGCAAGAGUGUUAGUUUUCUGUGAGCGAUUUCACAGUUCUAUAUAAUUUGUCAGUAGCUACAUGGAUAUAGCCUAAU